AUGGUGGACAGCGACGACGAGUGGGCCCUGUCGGUGAGGAGGUCCUCGACCUGGAGCGCUGGCGCCAGAUCUUCGGCCAGAUCGUCUGUGUCCGAGGAGGCUGCCAGCGCGCCCGCCGCCGAGCCGGGCGCCCUGUCGCACCUGCCCCUUGGUCGGAGAGCUUGUCUCGGGCGGAGCGGCCUCGGGUGGCAGCUGCCGCGUGGCUUCACGACUGGCUCGCGGAACCGGGACAUGCGCGGAGCCGAGCCCGUCCGGCUGCCAAACACGGUCUCCCCCGCGUGUGGCAUCCCCACGGACCUGUUCAAGAGCAAGGCCAAGAAGAAGGCCAAGCCCGUGAACUUGAACGCCGAGAGGCCCGCCGAGGUGCCGAAGGUUACGCCCGUGGUGCGCAAGGCCCCCGCGGAGGGCUUCGGCGUGAGCGCCGGCGAGACGUGGGAGAAGGAGAUCCGCCGCGACCGCGAGCUGCUCAAGGCCUGCGGCCUGUGGAUAAAGGACGUCGAGGCAGACGGCGCGUGCCUCUUCCGUGCCUUCGCCGACCAGCUGGGCGGGGACCCCGAGGAGCACGCGGCCUUCCGCGAAGGCUGCGUGGACUUCAUGGAGGCGAAUCGCGGCGAUUUCGAGCCCUUUUUGGAAGAGGAGUUCGAGCAGUAUUGCGCCCAGAUGCGCCUCCCGACAACCUGGGGCGGGCACGUGGAGGUGCAGGCACUGGCGAGGUGCCACGGCGUCAACGCCAUCAUAUACAGGCCGUCGGAGGCGGGCGGGCCCGAGGGGCUCGCGGGCACGGCGGUAGAGAACCUGACGGCCGACGAGGAGGAGACCCGGUGCGUCCAGCUCUCUUACCACCCGACGCACCACGCGGGCCAGCAUUACAAUUCGGUGCGGUGCUCCGAGGACGAGGGUGCCGGGCCGGCAGCCACGAUGGGCCUGGCGGAGCUGAAGAGAAGGGUCCAGGAGAAGCUGCAGGGAGGGGCCUGA